AUGCUCGGGAUCAUGCAUCCAGCAUCAUCAGGGACGGGCAAGAACAAGGGCGACUCCAUACAGAGAACAGCAUCCACAGGAUAUGCAUACCACAGCGCGACGGCGAGCUCAGAUACAUGGGCAGAAGAGGAUCCUUGGGAUUCUGCUUCCGACUCUGAAGUUCCCAGAGCAUCGACGCUCUCGACACUGAGAGUGAUGACAUCCAGCAAACCGGUACCCAUGAGUCGCCAGACUAGCACCCGCAGCGCAACGACAGGAAACCACGACUCCAAUUCUAGCACGUCAACACUCGCCUUUUCAUAUACCCAUCUAAGUGCCCCUGAUCCUUCAUCGUACCCUCCCAAACGAGAACUAGAAACCGGACGAUCUGGUGUUGGACGUGGGGAAACCCUGCCCGAAGAGCCUCAACCAAUACGACCGGAUAUUUCACCCUUAGGACGUGGCAAGGAAGCAGAUCUUCGGUUGAGCCAGGAUCCAUCAUCCAGCGACGGUGCACCGAAACAAGGCUGGACAAUUGUCCGGGGUCGAUCGGUGGAACGGAGAAAGAACAAGGUGCAAAACCAGGCACUCGAUUCAAUCAGACCUGAAGCUGUUGAUAUCGUCAACGACCCCCUCACUGGUAUCCGAAAUCCACGCAGACGGAUAGCACCAUCUCCCAAACCCACGACACCGCCAACGACCUUCACCACCUCUCGUUCUCACUCUCCUCUCGCAAAUGCAGACCCUCGAACGAGCUCUUCACUAAAGAAAUCCCACGAACGCCAGCAAUCGACCGAGAAGCUCAUGCGAGAGCGCUCCAUACGCUCCAACCGUAAACACAAGUUCAUCGAAUGCUUGUCGAGUCGAGAUAUCAACAUGAACGAGUUACGGAAGCUGGCUUGGGCCGGCAUCCCUCAAGAGCUCCGGCCUAUGGCCUGGCAAGUCCUGCUGGGAUAUUUGCCGCUAGCUUCGGAUUCCCGAGUCACCACGCUAGCGAGGAAACGCAGCGAAUACCAAUCGAUGUGUGAAGCGACGUUUGCUCGGGGGAGAGAAGGACUUGACCAGCAGAUUUGGCACCAGAUUGAGAUCGACGUUCCUCGAACGCGUCCCGGUGUGCAGCUGUGGAUGUUCGAAACAACGCAGCGUCCACUCUCAUACCAGUGCCUCGAACGGAUACUGUACGUCUGGGCGAUCCGACAUCCUGCAAGUGGCUAUGUGCAAGGCAUCAACGAUCUGGCAACCCCAUUCUUCCAGGUGUUCCUGUCCGCGUACAUUGACGCAGAUCCCGAAUCGUUCGACCCAGGUCUUCUCCCCAAAUCAGUCGUCGACGCCAUUGAAGCCGACUCGUUCUGGUGUCUUUCAAAACUCCUAGAUGGGAUUCAAGACAACUAUAUCUUCGCUCAGCCUGGCAUUCAACGAAGUGUUCGAAGAAUGCAAGAGCUGGUUGAAAGAAUAGAUGCUCCGUUGGCUGCCCAUCUAGAGUCCCAAAACGUGGAGUUUAUGCAGUUCUCGUUUAGGUGGAUGAAUUGCUUGUUGAUGCGGGAGAUCAGUGUGCAAAACACCAUUCGGAUGUGGGAUACCUACCUUGGUAUCAUCAUGUUCCUGCAGUCCCUUCCGACGCAAGACUGGGGCGACCACGAGAUAGAGAUGCUUCUCUCAGAAGCCUUCCUCCUCAACUCUAUCUGGCACAAUGCUCAGAGCCAUUUCGGUGGAAAGUAA